ACCGCCUUUGCACGUUGAUUGUCUCAAUGUCCUGUUCGCCAUUAGGACGCUAUCGUACUAUUCCACACCUGAGCCUAACACGAAUCGCUUGCGCUCACCCUUGCCUACCCGCCUCUCUUGGAUCUCGGUCUUUCACCGGUAGUCCCCACCAGGACUUGCAAUCAGAGCUUGCUGUGUACCUGCAACAUAGGACGAGCGUGCAACAGAAGAAGUACAGUCGGAGCAUCAAAGUCCCAGGUCCACCCAGUAACCAAAAAACAAUGGCAUUCCUCCUUCCCGGUCUCCGCCGCGGCCUCGUGCUGUCGACUCCAUUCAUCCUCUCGGCACCACUUCUAGUACAAACCAUGAGACGACCCGUCCUCUGCGACGGCCCUGACCCUCUGUCAAAAAUUACGUCGGAUCUUAAGAACAGGUACGCUGGCGAAGCACAAACGCCAGUAAUCAAGACCUCAGGCGCGCCGAAUCCCCGAGCACUCCGCCAAGUCAGCAUGGGCAGCAUCCUGGGCGUUCUCGCGGGCCUGGGUGUAAGUGUUUUUAGCAAGCCGCUAGCAAUAUUGAUAGGGCUGGGUGUUAUUUGUAUCCAGCUCCUUGAAAGUCGCGGUAUUCAUCUCGUCCCGUACUCCUUCCUGCAGCGAAGACUCAAAGAGACGAAUGUACGGUCGUUGAUUCAGGAUAACGCUGCUUUCAAGCUCUCCUUUGGCGCGACAUUUGCGCUGGCCGCGUUCGCAGAAUUUUGAGAAGGUCGGAGGAAAUCGCUGUCGUCGGCCAUGAUCGUGGAUCGCAUCAAUAGUUGAAGCGAUGUCCCGGGUGCAUCGUCUGCGGCGCGAGCUGCAUUUGAAGCUGUUUGCAGCCCUGCCAGAAUGUCUUGACCGCUUCCUUAAAUGCAGUCGAGUUCUUUGCAUUCCU